AUGCCUCUCUUGACGAGAGCCAGAUACCCAAACAUAUAUCUCACUAUCCAUAUCCGCCCUGCUUCUUUUCCACCUCGUUAUCAUUGGGGAAUCUUUAUUCCUCACCCUCCUAGUAAUUCAACAGGCAUUGAAAGGGGGACAAAUUUCCACAUGGUAGAUCACGUUCGGCCACCAUAUUGGCGUUUCGAAGCGGAUUUCAAUUAUAAUCUAAAUGAUUCAGCUUACGUUGCGGCUGCUAUAGUGAUUGGUCAAUUAAGAAGAAGUUCAAUUGAACAAAUCCAUCGACUAUUAUAUCGAAUUCCUAUAAAUGUUGUACCUUUAGAGGAUAUUGAUUCAGAAAAUACUUUCUCAUGUCGAGUUUGGAUCAGAGAAGCCAUUAGAGUCUUACAUCGAGCUGGGAUCAUUACAUGUAGUAGUGUUGACGACUUAGAAUGGGAAAUGAGAGGCUACGGUGAACGGGCGCGUUACUUUUCUGAUCAUGGUUAUUUUCAAGGCGCUUAUGUGGAUAUGUCUAGAUUCUCAUUCUGA